ACAAUAGACAUUCGAAUGAAAGCCUCUGGUUCACAUCUACAGAGGCUCAUUGUUUUAUAAACUCCAGUAUUUGCUGCAUUUUAUAUUAGUUAAAGGACUUUAUUAACGUGUAUAGUGUUACUAAUUCUAACGCGCAACUUUAAAAUCAUCGAACGUAAACUUUAUGAACUCAUUUAGUGUUUUAAACUGUAAACAAAAUCUAAUUUGGACUUACAUCAACUGACCGUUAUGCAUAAUAUAUUAGGCCAAUAGAAAAUAUAGAUUUCUAGGCCUAUCUAUUUUUUAUUUUAAAAAAAUUAAAAAGAAAAUGAGAUGGCGACAACAUCAUUCUGCGGUAAUUCAACUUUUUGGGAUGAGGCUAGACUAGUGAACAACUCGUACCCAGAAUUUACAAGAUGUUUCCAGGACACGGCCUUGACCUAUGCCCCGUGUGGUUGGCUCUGGGUGACAGCACCGAUCCACCUCAUUUACCUCCAUAAACACACCCAGUUCCUAAAGCUUGGUGUAACAUGGAUCUCUAUAGCUCGCUUGCUGUUUGCUGGUAUAUUGGCAUUGUUGGCUGGACUACACAUGUUAGCUCCCUUUGACAGUAUGGAUGAUGAUGAGAUUUAUCCCCCUUCUUUUUAUCUGUCUCAAUCUGUCUGGGCUGCAACAUUUUUGCUUGUUUUUGUGUUGAUGAUAUUGUCACAAAGAUCUGGAGUGCCCUCCCCUUGUGUGAUCUUUAUAUUCUGGACACUCACUUUUGUUUCCUACAUUAUACCAGUUUACACGUUAGCUAUGCAAGAGGCCUAUGAGAACUACAAGACCCAUUUUGCACUUGUGUGUACGACCUUUGCAGUUAUAGCCACUGAGUUUGCUCUUCAGUGUCUAGGGGACACAAAUGUUCAGCUACUAGAUUCAUCAUCUGAUGCUAAGCCUUGUCCUAUGAUAAAAGCAUCAUUUGUGUCUCGGCUUACUUUCUCCUGGGUAUUUAAUUUAGUUUACUCAGGAUACAAGAAGGUGGUUGUUCUAUCAGACAUAUUUGAUGUGCCGAACUUGAUGCAAUGUCGUUACAAUGUACCCGAGUUCAUGACGGUUUGGCUGAAAGAACUAAACAGCAAAAGAGCUAAAUAUAAUAAGUUUAAGAAGGAGCCAUCCUAUAUAUACAGCAAUGGUACAGGAAAUAUAACAAAUAGUUUAAGAAAGAGUAUCCCAGCAAAUCUGGUGCCCACAGAGAAAACUCAGCUCCUUCAAGCUGAUACAGAAGAUGAAGAGAAGAAGAGAGAGCUGCCAUCACUCUAUAAAGUUCUUGCUAAAGUUUACUAUCUGCCAUUGUUCAAAGCUCAGCUGGUUGGGCUGAUUGGGGACUUGACUGUGUUUAUCAAUCCCUUGUUACUUGAUUUGAUUAUUGGCUACGCUGAGAAUAAAGAAGACUACCCUGAGUGGCACGGUUAUUUGCUGGCAUGUUCCUUCUUUUUCAUUGCCUUCUUGAACUCCAUGAUGAACAACUACCGUUUCUAUCACUGUACCAACAUUGGCAUGCAAGUCAAAACUGUGCUAACAGCUGCUGUCUAUAAGAAGUCACUGACAAUGAAUGCUGAGGCACGACGCAAGUUUACUGUUGGUACAAUAGUAAACUUAAUGGCCGUAGACUGCCCAAGGUUCCAAGAAUUGACCUUCCAGUUGUAUGUCCUCAUCUCAUGGCCCGUCCAAAUUUCUAUAGCUUUCUACAUGUUGUAUGAGACUUUAGGGAUCGCCUUUGUAGCUGGUAUUGUGGUAUUGCUGCUUCUUAUCCCCACUAACUCCAGAAUUUCAACACUCGCUAGAAAAGCCCAGGCCAAACAAAUAUUUUUCAAAGAUCAGAGAAUCAAGUUAUUUAAUGAGAUCCUCAAUGGGGUUAAGGUUUUAAAGCUAUAUGCAUGGGAGCCUUCAUUCAGCUCUAAACUUCAAGAAUAUCGCAAUGCAGAAGUCAAGCAAUUGAGGAAAGCUGCUAUCUAUAACUCUAUCAAUGUUUUAAUUUGGGCUCUUUCACCAGUUCUGGUGACCGCCUGUACCUUCAUAGCUUUUGUCCUAAUCACAGAAAACUCACUCACUCCUAGCAAGGCUUUUGUUGCCAUGAACUUGUUCAACACUAUACGUCAGCCAAUGAACACGCUGCCCAUGUUGAUAUCACAGAUGGUGCUGUGCCAUGUCUCAAUGGAAAGACUUAGAGAUUAUUUAUCUGGGGAAGAUCUGGAUGAAGUAAACACAACAGGCACAUCAGAAGAAAUACCUUUAGUCAUGAAGAAUGCAACUUUCAGCUGGGACAGAACAAUGCCACCUGUACUCAGAAACAUAACAGUUACAAUACCAAAAGGCAAACUGGUAGCUGUUGUUGGUCAAGUUGGGUCAGGCAAAUCCUCACUAUUGUCAGCAUUUCUGGGUGAAAUGGAAAAGUUGGAUGGUUUUAACAGCAUCACUGGCACAAUAGGUUAUGUGCCACAACAGGCCUGGAUACAGAACAUGACCCUGAGAUCCAAUGUCUUGUUUGACCAGCCUGUGCAGGAGAAAAGGUACAAGAAAGUGAUCAAAGCCUGUGCUCUAGAGGCAGAUCUGGAGCUCUUGCCUGGAGGAGAACUGACUGAAAUUGGGGAGAAGGGCAUCAACCUGUCAGGAGGACAGAAGCAGCGAAUCAGCCUGGCCCGAGCAGUCUACCACAACUCAGAUGUCUACCUCCUAGAUGACCCACUGAGUGCAGUAGAUGCUCAUGUGGGGAAACAUAUUUUUCAACAAGUUAUUGGGCCAAAAGGAAUGUUGAAAAACAAGACAAGAAUUUUGGUUACCCACGGCAUCCACUGGCUGCCUGAGGUUGACUCUAUUAUAGUCAUGGACCAGGGUCAAGUGAAAGAGAGUGGAAGCUACAAGGAACUGAUGAGUCAUGAUGGGCCCUUUGCCCAGUUUGUAAAAACUUAUUUGUUAGAACAUGAGGAGGAUGACUGCAAUGAUCCAGAGGUGCAAAAGUUGAAAGAACAAAUGCUUGAGGCUGUUGCAGCUGUCACUUCAGAUGAAGAAUAUUCAAGUGUUAGACUCAGGAGAUCCCUGUCAGAUCAAAGUGGAAGAAAACAAUCCAAUGCCUCAUCUAGAACUCGUCGAACUAACCAGUCAGCUUCAGAAGAUGACACGACCAAGCUGGUGAAACAAGCCCGGCCUGAGAAACAUGCUGGAGAACAGUUGAUAGAGGAAGAAAAGUUAGAGAAGGGAAAGGUGCGCCUUAGUAUUUUUCUUACAUUGCUGAAAGCCUUUGGUUACAUAUCCGCAAUGAUAGUUCCUUUGAGCGUUAUUGUCUACAAUGGCUUUAACAUUGGAGCUGGUAUCUACCUGUCUGACUGGACAGAAGAUCCAUUCCUAAAAAAUGAGAGCAACAUAAACACAGAUGAGUACACCACUAAAACAUACGAGUAUCUUGGGGUGUAUUCAGCAUUGACAUUAGUGCAAGUCCUUGGCAAUGCUGUCUUCAUCUUCAUAGUCUAUGUUCAAUUUGUAAAUGCCUCUAAGCGGCUCCACAACAGCAUGCUUGAUGCUAUUCUCCAUCAACCAAUGGCUUUCUUUGAUACAACUCCUGUAGGCAGAAUACUUAAUAGGUUUUCUCGUGAUGUGGAUGUGUUGGACAGCAAUUUAGCCAGACAAGUGCGCAUGGUCCUACAGACUCUCUCACAGAUGCUUUCUAUUGUGAUUGUGAUAACCUACACAACCCCCAUUUUCCUUGCUCUUGUGGUCCCAAUCCUCAUCAUAUACGUCCUCUUCCAGAAAUUCUACAUUCCAUCUUCACGUCAAUUCCGGCGUCUGGAGUCUACCACAAGGUCUCCAAUAUUUUCUCACUUCUCUGAAACCAUCAACGGCGCCAGCAGCAUCAGGGCUUACAGGGCAUGUGACAGGUUCUUCUUGGACUCCCAGAACCAAGUGGAUGUAAACAACAAGUGUAGCUUUGCCUCUGGUUCGGCUGCCAGAUGGCUGAGAGUGAGGCUGGAGGUCCUUGGCAGUUUCAUUGUGUUGUUUGCUGGACUGUUUGCCAUCAUAUCAAGUGAUAUAGUAGGGGGUAUGGUUGGCCUGUCCCUCACUUAUGCUCUUCAGGUGACAGCCACACUGAACAUGCUGGUGCAGAACAUGACUCAGCUUGAGACUAACUCUAUAUCCAUUGAAAGAAUAGCCGAGUACACCAAACUAAACCCUGAGCCUGAGUGGACCAGUAAAGGGAAGCAACCAGCAGCUGACUGGCCCAGAGAUGGGGAGAUCAAGUUUGAGAACUACAGCACUAGGUACAGACCCCAGCUUGAUCUUGUGUUGAAGAAAGUCUCCUUCACAGUCAACAGUGGAGAAAAGGUUGGCAUUGUAGGUCGAACAGGUGCAGGUAAAUCAUCACUUUCAUUAGCACUGUUUCGUCUUAUUGAAGCCGCAGAGGGCAGGAUUCUAAUAGAUGGACUAGACAUCAGCACUAUUGGUCUUCAUGACCUGAGGUCAAAGCUUACAAUACUUCCCCAGGAUCCUGUGUUGUUUUCCGGGUCAUUGAGAUUCAAUCUUGACCCAUUUGAUGUCCACACUGACCAAUCUGUUUGGGAAGCUUUAAACAAUGCUCAUCUGGGUGAUUUUGUUAAAGAACUACCUGGUCAGCUCAAUUACAUAACAGAAGAAGGAGGGCAAAAUCUCAGUGUUGGUCAAAGACAGUUGAUGUGUCUAGCUCGUAGCCUUCUGAGAAAAACAAAAAUCUUGAUACUGGAUGAGGCAACAGCAGCCGUAGAUUUAGAGACAGAUUUCCUACUUCAGAAUACAAUUAGGAAGGCCUUCAAGGAUUGCACUGUUUUGACAGUGGCACAUCGGCUCAAGACAGUUAUUGAUUAUGACAGAAUUCUUGUACUGUCUGAUGGAGAAAUAAAGGAAUUUGGAACACCAGCAGAUCUUCUCUCCAACAAGCAAGGAAUUUUUUACAGUAUGGCUAAAGAAUCAAAUCUUGUACAGUAAAAAUGUUUAAAUUUAUUGUGGCCUACUUUUGCAAUGUUUUUAUACUUAUUUUACUUGUGUAUGAAUAUCAAAAACUUUAUAACAUUGUAGUCUAAUUUAUCAAAUUAAUGUACCAAAAUGCUGCAUUUUAAUUACAUUAUGGUCCAGUAAAAUUUACACAUUAAAUUUGUCUUUUGGGUAAGAUUCUAAUUUACACUUUUUAAAGGAAUCAGUACUGCAAUCAGUAUGUAGGCUGUCAUAAUGAAUGCUUCAACUUUAAUGGCUCUCCUUAUUGUACAUUUUCAAACGAUAGGGUAGCUUAAAGUAAUUAAACAAUACUAAACAAAUGUAAUUCUCGCUAAGCCUGGUACAAAACUUAUACUGGAUUCUAACACAUUUUGGAGCAAAAUUACGUCUUUCAAACUCACACAAGAAGCAAAUUAACACUAAAUAUUUCCUUGUCAGAAAAGGAAGGGCUUUUUUUACUUAAUGUUUUUAACUGACCAGAUAUAAGCAGUGGUAAAAUUAUUUUUAUAUUUAUAUAGUAUCAUUGUGCUUUAUAUUGCUUUUUAUUUAUCUAAUUGUUGUUACAGAAAGGGUUCAAUUUGAUCAUUUAAUCAUGUAUAUCCAACAAUAAUUAAAAAUUGUGUCUAUAAGUUGAAGCAAAGUUAAUACAGUCAUCUGAUUUUAUCACAUCACUUAAUUUAGGUUAUAUUACAACCAUAUCAUUGUAAAUAUAGUAUUUUUUUAAAGUAUAUAUUAAUAUGUUUUCAGCUUGAAAGUGGACAGAGACACUAGUCAUUUUAUUAUAUGUAACAUGUAAGCCUAGUAACCAUCUAGUCAUUUAAAAUCAAAUAAUAAAUUUUUAUCUUAAAAGCGUGAUAAUUUAUAAAAUUUUAAACUAACAUACUAUAAAUAAAAGGGCUGUUUUUAAACUUGUCUAUAGAUUUUUAUAUCAACAUUUCAUAGUUUAUAUUAGUAUAUUUUAAUUAUACUAAAUGAUUAUUUAAAUAAACAUCUUUUUAAAAUGUUUUAACAAAAUAUUGAAUUGAAAAAUUAACAAGAGCUUGCUAUGCCCGUAAAUUUAAAUGUUCAUACAUAUUGCUAUGUGUAAUAUUUAUAUUGAAUUUUGCAAUAAACAGG